AUGCAGCGCUUUACUGCGGGUCAUCUUCUCCCAGUAUCUGCCGCUCUGGUGUUUUCACGCCGUGCCGCCAGCCACGACGAAAUUGGUGAUAAGAAGCGGAAGGUGAACCUUGACGACGAUGAUCGCUGGCUUGAGGCGGAGUUCGACGAGAAAAAUCGGACCCCAGAGGAGCGGUACGCUCAUGAGCGGCAGCGUGAACUGCUAAAGUCUAUCCUUCGCAAGGUGGACGAAAAGCAUCACGCAAAACAUAAUAAGCUUCACUCGAAAGUGGAAGACCAUCAUGAAGAAAUAGAAAAAAUUAAGAGUCAAAUGAACGCAUUGGAGAUGAAGCUGAAGGAACUUAGCCAAGACAAGUGA